GGCUUUGACUAUCCCUUUAAGCGUUUUCCAUAUUUUGCGGUUCAGAAUGUCCCCUCCGAGAUGCUGUUGUAUGACGUCAUUCAAACAUGGCGGGGCUAUGAGAGUUUUGAUAAACAUUCACUUGCAGCAUUGAGUGAAAUAAAUGUACCAAAGUUUCCAUAUUAUAUGACGUUUAACACACGUUUGUGCGCAAAACUGUAAACUAUCUUCUCUCUUGAUAACAUAAACCUGCAGAAACUUCUGGCAUUGUUGUUUUGUUUAUACAUUAUUCGAGCAUCGGAUUCAUGUUUAUAAAUGUCAACAGUAUUCUCAUCAUCCUAAACGAAGACUUGUUUCAACAGGAAUAACACCAGGUGUUUCAACUGAGAUCUGCGGGAUAAAACAUUGUUAAGUUAUGAUUAUUAAAGAAGAGAUUGAGGACAUGAGUUAUCCAGAAUCAUGCAGUUCAAAUGUCAUGAAAAAUGAAGCUGCUGAGGAACAAAGAGAUCUGAUGGACAUGAAAGAGGAAAAUCAAGAACUAAAUGAAGUCGAAGAGAAACACCGUCCAGAUCAGACACUUCAUGAUUUCAUAACUGGUUUAACAGAGCCAAACCAACACCAAGUACCCUCUGGAACCUGUUUAAGUGCCCCGGAAAAGAUGGAGUUUAUUAAAGAGGAGAGUGAAGACGUCAGUAUUUCAGAACCAUUCAGACUGAAAAAAGAAGAUACUGAGGAACAAAGAGAGCUGAUGAAAGUGAAAGAGGAAAGUGAGGAGCUGAAUGAAGAGCAAAAGCAUAAUUGUCAGAAACCUGGUGAUUUCAUAACUGGAGAAAAAUCUUUUAGUAGCCCCAAGACUGAAAAGAAACACUCAGGAAAAAGAACUCAAAAAAGAAAAGCCACAUGUCUUCUGUGUGGAAAGAGUUUAACACAUAAAGGGAACCUUAGUAAGCACAUGAGAAUUCACACUGGAGAAAAGCCCUUCACAUGCCAUCAGUGUGGAAAGAGUUUUACACAAGCAUGUAGUCUCAAAAAUCAUCUGUCUGUGCACUCUGAAGAAAAGUCUUAUAGCUGUGGUCAGUGCGGCAAAAUAUUUUCUUCAGCAUCAGUUUUAAGAAUACACCGGAAAAUUCAUUCAAUUGAGAGGCCGUACAAGUGUUCAGUAUGUGGAAAUAGUUAUACACUGCUGCACAAUUUAAAAGAGCACCAGAGAAAACACACCGGUGUGAAAGAUCAUGUGUGCUCUGAGUGUGGUAAAGCUUUUUACAGUGUUUAUGACUUGAAACGUCACAAAAGAAUUCACACUGGAGAAAAACCUUACAAGUGUUCACAUUGUGGGAAGAGUUUCACUAUUUCAGGAAACCUGAAAGCACAUGAGCGAGUACAUACUGGAGAAAAGCCGUACAACUGCACUUCAUGUGGGAAGACUUUCAUUUCGGUUGAACAACUGAAAGCACAUGAGCGAGUGCAUACUGGAGAGAAGCCAUUCCACUGCACUUCAUGUGGGAAGAGUUUCACCCAAGCAAGCUCUCUACUGACUCAUAGAAAAAAGCAUUGUCCAGGGUUGUCACAGUGAGCAAAGUUCUAUUUUCAAUGUAAAUGAGAUUAAAUAAAAAAUCAAGAUCAAUUUCUC